AUGGAUUCUAAAGUGUGUGGUAUAAUUAAUGAGAUUGAUAAUUAUUUUGUUGAUGAUCCGAAUAACCGGGGACAAAAUAAUCUUAGGAAUUUAUUAAAUACGUUUUUCACUGAUAGUGAAUGUUGUAAUGAUGAAGAAAAUAUUAUCUAUGGUUUUAUAUUGUUACUAAAAAUGUUUGAUGGUGAAAAUUUAGAAAGUGAUCAAAUUGUUGAAUACGCCAGUUUAUGGUUAAGUCAUAAACUAAAUCAAAAAACACAAAAUUUAACCACCAAAUUAUACGAUUUUUAUACUGAAAAUAUAAUAACAAAUAGUUGUUAUAAGGGGAAUAUAUCCACUGAUAGUGAUGAGGAUAUUAAUAUGGAUGUUAUAGAUUCAAAAAUAAGAUCGAUGGAUAUUGAUAUUAAUGAUAUAUCUAAUUUUUAUGAUGCAUUUAAAUCAUUAUGUAACAUGUAUAGUGAAAUUAAUGUAGAUGACUAUCAAUGCAAAACAUGUUUAGAAAAUGCUGGAGAAUUUUUUGAAAAAUGUGAAAAAGUUAAAAAUGUUUUUGAUAUUACUAAAGGAAAUUUUUAUUUACAACUAUGGUCUAGUUUAUCAAAUGAUUAUAAAUUUUUUGAAAAUAAUUAUAAAAAUUUUUGGUGUAAAAAUGCCCCAUCAGUUGUAGCUUGUCCACGAAGUUCAGUAACAACAAAUAUACUAAUUACAAUUGCAAUUAUAUUUGUUACAGCAUCAAUUUUAUUGGGAGUUUCUUAUAAGUAUUCGUUAUUUGGAUUUCGGAAACGAUCUCAAAAACACCAUUUAAGAGAAAAGCUAAAAAAAUAA